AUGGGCAAAAAAUCUAAUAAGUAUAUGGGCCCAGUCCCAAGGCACAAGGCCACUUGUACCAGCAGCGUGAGUCAGCAAGAUAGCAGAAGCAGGAAGAGAGCCGGCCAGAAGACACCUACCCUGGCCGGAAGACACGUACCCCUGAAGAUCGAGAAACAGGCCAUCUGGGCGCUCAUUAAAACAGCAGGUUGCUCCACACUGCCUCGUGUUGUCUGUUGGCACACUCUCAAGAGUUUGAACGGAUACAAGAAUCUUUCAUCUGGUGCCGAAACCCGGGAGGGGCUCCGGUCUUCGUCCCCCGUGGACCUACCCCUCCGCCCCAGAAAGCAGGCCACAGCAGCCGGACAAAGGAAGCUCCUCAGCCUCCAGUUGCUUCUCUGUGCAUGCACAUCAGUCACUGAUCUCACCUACUGGGGCCCUGCAGGCCAUGGGGCCACAGCUCCACACAGAAGCCUCCUAGCAAUCCACCUCCACCUGGUGCCUGCUUCAAGUGCGGCAAUGAAGGCCACUGGCCCACACAAUGCCCAAACCCAGGUAAGCCCACGAGGCCAUGCCCCCUCUGCGGAGGACCCCACUGGAAGUUGGACUGUGAGCGGCCCCUGCAAGGACCACCCCCAUCCCUUCCUGAGCCAAUCAAACCCUCCUACUCAGAUCUCGUCAGCCUUGCCACUGAAGACUGAUAGUGCCUUGGAACAGACACCCCAGCAACUACCAUCGCUUCAUCUGAGCCAAGGGUAACCCUGAUGGUGGCAGGUAGGCCAGUAUGUUUUUAAAAUUAAU